AUGAUCUUCGUGUCUAGCCGCGCGAAGCCCUUGUACGUGAUGAAGAAAUGGGAAGAAUAUGCGCCGACUUUCGAAGUGCAGAGGCGGCUGGGAGAGAUUCAGAAGGCAGCGAACACAGUCUGCGAGCGCUUGGAACAAGAUACCAGUGAGAGGCAGGGGCUGCUACUUGCGUCGCUGCAGACGGUGGAGCGUGGUCACUCGGAAGCCCAGGGCCUGUUCCGGGACGUGGAGGCCAAGACUGCCACCCUGACUCAGGCAGCCACCCGGCAUGGAAAUCGGUUGAAGACGGCGCUCCUGGAGAAGCAGCGCGCGUCGGCUGCAAUCCGCCAGCUCAACCACCUGCUCACCUUUGCUCACGCGCCCAGCCUGUCUGCCCUGCCAGCCCUCUUCCACGACGAUGCACGAGCCGGGGAGGCGGCGGCCACAGCAACUGCCCUGCUGGCAGUGUCCCGGGAGGUCGUGGAGGCCAUGCGCAGCUCCCACACCCUCAAGCAGAGCGCCCCACUUGGCAGCAUCAAUGCUGCAUUGGUGAGGCUGGAGGAGUACUGCAAUGCCCUGGACAAUCGGGUGGUGUCCAGGUUUGACGCCGCCCUGGCCCGAUCUGACUUCCCCGCCAUGGCGGCCUGCGCACGCAUCAUGGCGGCCGGGGCUGGGAAGAAGGGCGACCCCUCGGGGUCGGGCGAGAGGCUGCUCAUCCAGCGAUACAUCUCCACCCGCCCCAUCUUCACCGAGCCGGAGCAGGGGCUGAUGGGCCGGGGCCCACUCGACGCCGGAAACCCACCGCCGCCUGGGAGUCCUGGGGACGCCUCCCCGCUGCGCAGCCUGAGGCUCCUCUACAAGACCCUGCUCCAGAACAUCAUGAACGAGGCGGUGGUAGCAGAACAGGUCUUCACCCAGCCCACGGCGGCACUGGCUGCCCUGGUCACGCGGGUUUUUGAGCAGCGUGUUCAGUUCGCCGUCGACCAGGCGCUGAGCUGGCGGGGAGUGCCCGAUCCCCCCUCAGCCUCCGACCUGCGCGCCCACCUUCGCCAGCUGGCGGAGGCGGUGGCCAUGACCCGGGGCCUGGCCAGCGACGCCCAGGAGGUGAUGGGUGGAGAGAGCGCCCUGAUGAACGAGCUGGCGGAUGCUGCCACGGCCCAGCACCUGGCAAAUUAUGUGGAGGAGGAACUGGAGUGGCUAGAGACACGCUUCCGGGAGGAGGAAGAAAGGGCGCCUGGCAACCCACUCUCGCUGCCGUCCUUCAUGGAGCUGCUGGCCGCUCACACGGAGGCGCUGGAGCGCGCGACGACGCUGGGGCUGGGCGCCGGCCUGACUGCCACGGUGCGGACCCUGCACGGCACCGCCGCCGACCUGGCCGCCCCAGAGGGCCCGCCCUGCCUGCUGCGGCAGGCCCGCGCCCUGCUGGCCGCCGGGCUGGCGGCCAGCGCCGGGAUGUGCGAGGUGCUGGGCGCGCUGGGCACGCUGGGCGCCGCGCUGGAGCUGCUGCUGGCGCACCACGGGGCGCGCGUGGCCCCGGCCUUGCUCCCUGCCCCCGCCGACGCGCGCACGGCGGCCGCGGGGCUGGAGGCGCUGCGCGCCGAGCUGGACGCCGAGGCGCUGGCGGCGCUCGACGCCGCGCUGGCCGCCGAGCUGGCCGGGCUGGAGGCGCGGCUGGCGGAGUGCCAGCUGCCCGCCGACUUCCGCCCCUCCGACGCCGACGCCGUGCCGGGGGAGGGGCCAGGGGAGCGCCCCACGCCGGCCUGCGCGCAGGCCUGCGCGACGCUGGAGGAGCUCAUGCUCCUGGCCGAGCAAUGCCUGCACGGCCCCAACCGCGAGUCCAUGCAGGCGGAGGUGGGCCUGCGGCUGGUGGAUGCGCUGCGGCGGCACAUGGCGCGCCAGCGCUUCUGCCCGCUGGGCGCGCUGUGCUGGCGGCGCGACCUGCAGGAGUAUCGGCGCGCUGCGCGCGCCGACGGCCCCGCAGCGCGCCAGCUGGCUGAGAUGGAGGCGGAGGCGGGCCUGCUGGUGGUGGCGCCCGAGGCGCUGCCGGGCCUGGUGGGCAGCACGCUGGGCCUCACCGCGCAGCGUGCCCGCCAGGUCAUCGCGCUGCGGGCGGACUGGGGCGAGGCCGGCGCGCGCGGCAAGAGGCUGGCCGCCCUCUUCCCAGACGACCAGCGGCGCUGA